UGACUUUAUAGGGUACACGAAAGAAGAGGAAAAGGGGAUUUUUAUCACACUGAGAGGCAGCAAGAAAGGCUGCCAACACUCAACAGAAACGAAGUAAAGAGGAGGGAAGGAAAGAAAGCAAACGGAGCCAAGCUAGUCAAAUAGACGACAAGGAAUAUGAGCACUGCCUUACCUUUGAGGCUCUUGUUGCCUCUAAUAGCCACUCCCUUCUCCUCAUCUUGUGAUUUCCGCUUGAAAUCCCCAUUAACUCCCAACCCUAAUAUCAAUCUGCACUCUUCUCAGUCUCACCCAACCCGUCAUGCAAGAAAGAGGACACCGUCCGUUUUGAAACCAACGUGGCUUUGUGGAAUGAGAAGAGAUCAAGACACUGGUCCUUGGAAAUCUGAAGAGAAGGAUGUGGUCCGCCUCUUUGGUUCAGAUGAAGAUGUUGGCAUUAAAAUUCCAACCCAAGCCCAAUCUGUUGUAGAAGGUUCAGGAGCCCUUAUGGUGUCAGAAUUCAAGCCUGCUCCUGAUGUGGACUAUCUUCAGGAGUUGUUGGCCAUUCAGCAGCAAGGGCCACGAAAUAUUGGCUUUUUUGGUACUAGGAACAUGGGUUUCAUGCAUCAAGAACUUAUCGAGAUUCUUAGUUAUGCUUUGGUUAUAACAAAAAAUCACAUCUAUACAUCAGGCGCAUCUGGUACUAAUGCAGCUGUUAUUAGAGGUGCUUUAAGAGCAGAGAAACCAGAGCUUCUUACGGUAAUCUUGCCACAGAGUUUGAAGAAGCAACCACCCGAGAGUCAGGAAUUAUUGACAAAAGUGAAGAAUGUGAUCGAGAAGCCUCAUAAUGAUCAUCUCACUCUGAUUGAAGCCAGCAGGUUGUGCAAUAUGGAUAUCAUUUCACAUGUCCAGCAGGUUAUUUGUUUUGCCUUUCACGACAGCCACUUGCUGAUGGAAACAUGUCAAGAGGCGAAAAUCUCCGGAAGAUCGUGACAUUAUUUUACCUGGACUGAACAUAGUUGUUGAUUUGCCAUAUACAUUGUUUUGGGAAGAUAAAAAGAGGGGAGGAGAUUAGAGAGGGAGGUAGACAUAUUUUUUGGUGAAUUUUUUUCCCUGUAAAUUAGAAGAUGAAGUAAGAUUGCUUUGCUCCUCUGUUCUGUAUAUUGUUUGUUACCACAUUGAUAAAAAGGAGCCAAUUUGCUCCUACUUCAUUGGAGAUAUUUUUUUUGGGAUAUGAAAUUCAGGUAUAAUGUCAUAUUGGGAUGUUGCUAGCUAGGUUCUGCACUUUCCUAUCUGCAUCUGUCUGUAUGCUGUUACCGUCCGGAUGGGCCCAGGAGUCGUCCGGACAAUUUGGACCAUUUCUUAACAGAGGUACUUUUUGUCUGAACAUGCCCAGGUGUUGUCCGGACAGAUUCAGUUACCCAGGAGAUUUGGAAGGAGCAACUGUCCGGACAAACAUUUAAGAGUGAGUGAGAGCUCAAGAGCUUGAUAUAUUGCAGGAUAUUUGGUUUGUUUUUUUCCUUAUUUGUAAUCAGUAAAGUAGAUGCCAUAAUAUAUUGCAGGAGUGUGUUUAUUU